GUUGGGAGAUCAGCAAGCGUGGGUGCCUUCAUGCGCAUGCGCGACCAAGAUGGCGACGUGAAAGAAGACGCUGCAGACCCUCGCUGUUUCGCGGUGAUUUCUCCUCCGAGCCUGGAGCAAGAUGGAGGACGGACUUCUCUCAUUAAAGUGGAACAACCACAAGUCCACUUUUUUCCAUAUUCUAAGUGAAGUUCGGGGAAAACAUACGUACACUGAUGCAACCUUAGCUUGUGAAGGAAAGUUUUUCCCAGUGCACAAACUUGUGAUGUCAACAUGUAGUGAUUACUUUGCUGAAAUAUUUGAAAAGACUCCAUGUAAAAAUCCAGUAGUUGUGCUCAAAGACAUAAAAAAGUCAGAUUUAGAGGCCUUGUUAGACUAUAUGUACAUAGGUGAAGUGGACGUGAGGCAGAGUGAGCUAGCUGGACUCAUCAAAGCUGCCGAGUGUUUAAGAAUUAAAGGCCUCGCUGUCCCAGAUGAGGAUCCUACUAAAGCCCAGAAAAAAGGGCCCAGUAUUGUACCUGAGAGAAGGGAGGAUAGUCCUCCCGCGAAACGAAAAAGACGGGAAUCUGGAGGAGACCGUGGAAGGGCCCCUUCUCCCCCCAUCCCAAGGGGGUCCUCCCAGUCUUCCCACCCCCCUUCCACAUCAUCAGUGCCUAGUCAAGCACCCUCUCAACUGUCAAGUGUACCUGAGUCACAUGUGCCAUCACAAUCUAUGCCCCCACCACCUAGUAUAGCCCAGGAAGCGCGACAUAUAGAGAGUGGGCGUGGUAGACAAGACACUCACUCACAACAGUCACCACAACAACCACACCCAUCUCAAAUAUCAUCUUUACGACCGUCUCCGGAUCCUUCGUCCCUUCGGUCUCCUCCCAGUGGUGGACACGAUUCCUCUCACCCACCUACGGCGUCGCCCAGAUCAUCUGACCCAUCCCUCCUUCCAGUUCAAAUGAUUAAAGUUGAAGUAGAUGAUGCAGAUAAUCCGGGAGCAAAAGAUUCUCAUGGGGAUAGAGAAGAUGGGAGUGAGAUGGAUGGGGAUGAAGAGGAGACUAGUAAUGAUUUCUCUGAAUACCAAAGUCAUGGUGGUGAAAUAGAAAAGGAGGAACAUGACCAGAUGGACUCUUAUGGUGCUGAACAAAUACCUGGGCCUUCAGGCCUACAAGGGGCUCCUCCAGUAUUAAGCUGGGGAGAUGAGGGGGAAGCUGGUUUCCCCCACAACCUCUUUGGUGGAGAUGAUCCAGCAGCUCAACAAGCGCCGCGUGGUGGCCUGGCGGCAGUGAUGGCAGCUGUUCGACGGGGCAGCACACUCCAGGCUGGCUCUGUGGGGCUGGCCGAUCGCGAAGCCUCCUGUAUGGGCCGAAUAAGAGAUGUUGAUGGCAGACCAAUAGAGGGUGGCAUAAAGCCUUUUGUAUGUGGCUGGUGUCCUUAUCGGGCCCUACGCCGAGGGGACAUGAAGAAGCAUCUUCGUACUCAUACCGGAGAGAAGCCUUACUUAUGCCCAUCCUGCGCCUUCCGCUCAGCAGACUCAAGUGCCCUCCAUCGUCACAUUCGUGCUAGGCAUCCACACCAUCAAGUACAACACCAUCAGCCACAACAAUAUGAAGGUCCUGCACCUCUCUUAUAAUAACAAUGACAUGAUUGCCAUCGCUGUGGUCAGCACCAGUAAUGUUGAGUGAACUGUGUUCAAUUUGAACACCAAUUCCCAGAAACUUUGAGAAACUGUUAUUACAUAUAUUUUAUAUGAGUUUAGUGUUUACACUUAAUUAGUUUUGGAGAGAUUCUGAUUUUUAGGAGAUUAUAUAUAAGGGAUGUAAUUUGCUUUUUUGAAUGCUACAUAUAUCUUUCAAAAACUUAUAUUUUAGAUAUGAAAACAUAGCAGAUAUUAUAAUCUCUAAUAUAGCUUGACACUUGACUGAGGCAGCUUAUGUAUAGUCAGACAAGUCUACAGGAUGAAAACUCAGAGCUCCCAGGAUCCCAAGUAGUACCUGCCGUUAAUCUGAAAGCUAGUUUUUGUUUACCUGUUAUACCCAGUCCUUUAAAAAAGGGGCCCUGAUGGGUGUGAAAGUUAGCCGUGACAGCUGUCAGCCGUAGCUGCAACUCCAGCAUGUGUUCUCUAUGAUCCUUAUACUGUACAGUAUAUUGUGACUCAGCUACAGAGUGUCAUAAUGAGGUCAAACCCACCAGUUGUAGUCAGUUGAAAUAAAAGAUCAGAUGUUCCCUGCUUAUUUCCACCCCUGUUGGAAGUUAAGUGUUGUCCCCUUUAAUAAUUUUAGUACUUCUCUGGUUUAGACUGGGCCAUACAGUGUUUGUAAUGGUAGGAGUCUCUCGUGUUAUUAGGUUGCUUACUUUUACAGUACUUAAUGGGGGCAUAUAGCCUUAGUUGCUGACACCUUCCAAAAAUCAAUACCAAUAACAUUGGCUUAAUGACUCCCGUUUGAAAAGUUGGCAAGAUGGCAUGCCAGACCUCAACCCAGUCCAAUGUUAAAGUGUGUGGUGCUUAGUUCAGCCUAUCUUAUGGUAGAAAUUUUCCAGAAAGGAUAUUUUGGUGUGAUUCUGGAUGGAAUGUCAGAAAAUUUUGAAUAUGAAUGUCUGUUUUGGGGCACAUUAUCUUGCCUCUUAAGAUUAGUCAGCUCUGUACAUCAUAUCUACUUUUGAUAGUUUUCUCUGUGCUCUUUUGUGUUUAACAUUGGGGCACAGAUAUCCUUCAGGAGAGCUAAAAUUCAGCUCAUUGACCCGUUCCCCGUUAAUUUUGAACUACCCCCUCACCCAACAGUGACCAUCUUGCUCCAAGGUAACACACCAUGGAAGAGAUUAAUAGAUGAUUCUCCAUAAUAUUGUAACUGCUCACAUUGUAUCACAACAAACAAAUAUCUUGUUUUCUCCUGCAAUGUAAGAUUCCAGUUAUGAUUUAACGUACAUUUGGUUGAUGUGUUUUUAGCUUACUAAUGUAUGAAUAGGAUUGACUAUGGGGACAACAUAUUUAAAGGUGUUUUCAGUGAGGCACCAGUGUAAGGUCUGUGAGCAGUUCUCUGCACCUGAUGUAAUAAUGACAAAUACUGUACUGUACUGUACUCCAUUCACUGUGGUUGUUGCCUUUUGAACAGCUUUGACUUUGUGAAUUUGGAGCCUUUGGUAAAAUGUUUUAUUAUAUUUUAUGUAGUUGUCCUCAGUCCUCUGCCAGUGGUAGUUUUCUAAAUAUAACUGAACCCUUACUUAAUGACACUUAGCUCUGUUGGAUAAAAUUAUCCUGGUCUAUGGUGGGAGUGGGGUUUUUCAUACCACUUGAGAGUCUCAAGCAUAUUGUCAACAAACUUCCUGAUGCUUUGGUUCUUGGUCAGGACUCAUUUAGAACCUUUGAGAUGAAGGAACAUUGAGCUCUUGACCACUAUCCUGGUACAGUACCUCCUCUUGAAGUUAUUUUAAUAUUACUGUUCUGUCAGUAUUAUAGAGUGGGUAGUUAUUAAACUACAUCACUGAAUCAUGUUAAAAAAUUUAAUAUAGGUAACGCUAUAAGAGUGGAGGCUUUUGUCCAUUUUAGAGUAGAUAAGUUAUGGCUGAGUGUUCCACUGUAUAAUAAUGUGAGAAUAUUUAAAUAUACUGUACUGUACAUGUCAGGGGCUCAACCAUAUAAUUGACUCUGGAAGACAAUCAUCACAUCAUCAGGGGACAGCUCCACUGUCUGUGGACAGCAUUCUUAGAGAUCCACAGGUUAAGUUGUUUCAGGGUUUGGUGUAAAGAGAAACAGGUUUGGUUAUGUUGGUUUGUACAGUGCUCUUACCUCAGGGAGACAAUUCUCUUUAAGUUUCAUUCUCAGCAUAAAGGAGUUUUAUUUCUUUCUGCCAUUCUUUGUCAUGGAUUAGUCUCAGGCCGAGUCUGGGGUUACUUUCUAAGAACCAGACUCCUGGUUUUCAGACAUCUAUUUCCAAACCUGGAAAAUUUUGGAUGAUUCUCAUCAUCCACUCUCCAAUGAUAACAUUUCAUUCUUAUAUACAGGUGACAGAUAACUUCAAUCAAUUCCUUGAAAUUAAAUUGUUGAUCUUGAUUGUGGUGUUACCAGAGCCUCUAUCUCUUGUACAUAUGGUAAUCAAGGUUAUGAAACCCCUCCACCUGGUUGCACUCCAAGGGAUCAUGAUCUGUGGGUAUUGUGUCUUCUCUGGUCUUUGGUCAGAGAGGCCUGGGGGAUAUUGGCUAGUAACUUUAUUACCCAAUAUCUAGAUGAAUAAACUGCUCUUUUGGACUGUGCGACUCUGGGCAAUUUAUGUGGUUACGUCCUUUCCAACUACUUUCGGUAAAUUGUUCCUAUUUGGAGCAUGUUGCUCCUACACUUGGAGUUUAUUAUUGCCUUCCUCCCCUCUUUCUAGCUGGCUUUAUAUACAAGAGUUGUCCAACCCAGGCAUCAGGCUAUAAAUGAGGGACUGAUUUUGAAAUUCCAUUUUAUAGCCAAGCCUGGGUUAGACAGCUCAGGAUCCCUUCUUACUUCCAACAGAGGCAGCGGAGAUGAGCUGUAAGUGGUGAGGUUGUCCAGGAAAUGGUAGAGCACAUAGGAGAGGGUGACAAAAACUUGAAGUCUAAAGCCUUUUGUGGUAAUUUUUGUUCCUGUCAGAUCUUUAAUAGAAAUACAAAUGUCAAAGGAAUUUUUAAACUAAUUUUUAGAUUAAUUCCAGAAACUGGGAAUUCUGGGUUUUGAGCCAGUAAACUUGUCUGACUAUGUGAGCUGCACGGUAAAAGCUCGGCAAAAAUGGGGUUUCCAAACCAGUCACACGUAUCUUUGUUGUUGGUCUUUACUUCACAGUGGGAUUUUAUUUAAUAAGGUACUGAGUAUCCAUAAGCCUGAUAUUAUGAAUUAUAUCAUCCAGAUGAAAUGCAUUACUGUGGGUAGAAUUUUUCCCACAUCUAUUAAUGACAUAAGUUACUCACAUGCUUUGUAAAAUACUUGCUGCAUAAUUUUCUUUUAUAUUUAGUUGAACCAAAGAUAAGUUAUGAAAUUUGAUUUAUUUUUAUUUUGUUUUCCACCCAAUGUGAUUUGUGUAGGGAUUUAUUCAUUCAUGAUUAUAUAUGGAUAAACUCUCCUACACUUACAAUGAAAGUGGUCAAACAACAUAGGGUUGCCUUAUAGAAAUAUACCCUCUUCUGUAACCACCAGUGCAGGAUGAACACCACCAUGCAUUCAUUCACCUUACUUGAUAAUAAUAUUUUAAUGGAAUGGAGUUGUUGUUAAUAAAAUUGAACCAUGGAA